AUGAAGCUCUCCCUCCUCACACUAGUCUCAGCAGCCGCCCUCCUAACCCCCACCCCCGCCUCCGCCGCGCCGCAGCUCCAGAAGCGCCACGGCACCGACUUCUCCAACCUCAAAUACUACCAAUACCCAGCCGCCCUGCCCAACGGCCACAGCCUCUUCGCGCCGAUCCUCUACCACCAAGUGCAGGCCUCGCAGCCGACGCGCGCGCUCUCGGGGGCGGCCACCGGCGGCGGCGGGCACUUCAACGGCGACACCACCACAUACGAGGUCUUUGACUUUCCGGCGGAGGAGUUUGCGGGGCGGCGGUGCCGGUUCCAUUUCUUGCUGGGCCCGGUGGACAUGGGGCGCGGGUAUGGGAGCGUGUGGAGUGUUGCGGAGGACGAUGGGUGGGUGGAUGAGGAGACGACGUGGGAGAGCCGGCCGCGCGAGGGGGAGUUGUUGGCGGAGUUUGAUGUGGACCCGGCGGAUGUGCGGUAUUAUCGGGAUGGGGAUGUCGGGGCGCACUUUAAGAAGGAUCCGGUGUUUGCGUGCCCGGUGGGGGAGAAGGUGUGGGAGGUGCGGGCGGGCGAGGCGGAUAAAGAUGAUGGGAGGAUAGGGCGGUAUGGGAACAGUGCGAAUUGGAGUCUGAAUAAGGGGCUGCUGAUAGAGAGGUUGAGUAAGUAG